GGCUGGCCGCGAGCCCCGCGCUGUGCUGCGCCAUGGGCUGCGGGCCGUGGGCGCUACUGGCGCUGCUGUGCGGGGCGGCCGCGGCGGCGGCCCCGCUGCGCUGCAACGUGAGCUUGGACAGCCCGGCCGAGCAGCGCUGGCUGCCCGUGCUGAGACACUUCGACCCCGCCUUCCUGCGCGCCGCCGUGGCCCGGGUCAUCGACGAGAGCGUCCCGAAAUGGGUGCACCAGGUCAUCCGGCCCAUAGCAGCGGAGCUGGAGCAAUUCAUGCCGCAGCCCUUCGCGGGGGAGAUUGUGGGGAUGUGCCGAGCACUGGGAAUCAGUCUGGGAGACGGAAUCCUGCUCAACUUCGCCUACGAGUCCACUGCGUUCUGUACAAGCAUUGUUGCUCAGGAUGACAAAGGGAACAUCUACCAUGGUCGAAACCUGGAUUAUGAUUUUGAUGAUCUAUUGAGCAAGAUCACAGUUGAUGUGCAGUUUAUAAAGAGUGGGCAGGUAGCCUACCAAGGCACCACAUUUCUUGGCUAUGUAGGCUUAUGGACUGGACAAAGUCCACACAAGUUCACAAUCUCUGGGGAUGAACGAGAUGGUGGUAGGUGGUGGGAAAAUGCCAUAGCUGCUUUCCUCAAUCGGAAUUACCCUGUCAGCUGGCUGGUCCGGGAUACCCUGAGCAGAGCAGAGGAUUUCCAGUCAGCUGUUCUCAGACUGGCUGACAUUCCCAUCAUUGCUGAAGUUUACUAUAUUGUGGGAGGUGUGUCACCCAAAGAAGGCAUGGUCAUAACAAGGAACAGAAAAGGGCCAGCAGAUCUCUGGCCUCUGGAUCCUUUGGGUGGAGCGUGGUUUCGUGUGGAGACAAACUAUGACCACUGGACCACCCCUCCUCCUUUUGAUGAUCGCAGAACUGCAGCCAUCAAAGCUCUCAAUGCUACUGGACAGCAGAACAUCAAUUUUGAUACACUCUUUAAGGUGUUGUCAGUGAAGCCAGUCUUAAACAAUAACACAGUGUACACCACAGUGAUGAGUGCUGCGUUUCCUGCCAAGUACCAGACAUGGAUCCGAACUGAGCAGUGAAGAGCUGUAAGGAGCAGAGGUACUGGGUGAAAAGCUGAAGCUUUGCAAGAUCAGCAUAUGCUUUUAAAAUAACUCCUGGGAGCAGUACAGUCGUUGUGGCUUACUAAUUAUGUGAACCAUUUGGGAAACAGUGACUUGUUAACUCUUUGAAGUGCUGCGGGGGAUCCUCUUAAUGAACUGUAAUGGGUGUUUGAAUUUUAUUGUAACUGAUGUUGUAGCAGAUGUGACUGGUUAAAAAUGGCUUUUACUGGUUUUGGUAAGAGUUGUGUAACUGCAAUGUAGUUCUGUGCUAACAAAUAAAUUUUGUACUUUACAUGGCUGGUAGGUCUGAACAUGAUGAAAUAAAAAGAUGCUGCUGAUAGACUGA